GGAAAAUUAGAGUAAGUUGAGAAAUAAGAAAGGGCAAGCAUGUAUGGAAACGAAGAGUAGAAAAUAGAGGAAGGAGGAAAGCGGAGAAAGACAAAAGAAAUUGGGUGAAUCUUGAAGAAGAGAGAGGAGGGCAAAGAUGCGAAACAGUGGGAGAGAAGAAGUGAAAUUUUUAGCGCAUAGAUUUUGUCUUCUUCUUCUGCUUCUCCUCUUCGCGUGCCGUUCUUCACCAGUUCUUGCUCAAUUGGAUCAGGAGGUAGAGGAAUUCUCAUCAAGAAUUCUUGACCAAGAGCAGUCAGGUGUUCACGAAGUUCAUUGCUCCAGAGAGAGAAGUCGAGUUGCAUGGAAAGUUAUACAGGAGUAUUUGACGCCAUUCCUGGAACAAGAAAAGUAUGAGCUUUCAACGAAAUGUAGACUUCAUCCUAGUAAUGACAUUUUCAGAGAUCAGGAGGAGCACAAGAUUCAUGUGGAUAUAAAUGAAUGGCGCUGUGGAUUCUGCAAAAAAAGUUUCCGAGCUGAAAAAUUUCUCGAUCAGCAUUUUGACAGCAGACAUUCUAAUCUUCUAAAUGUUAGUCAUAGCAAGUGCUUGGCCGAUUUGUGUGGAGCACUGCAUUGUGACGUUUUGGAUGAGUCAAAAUCUCGGAAGACCAAAUGCAAUCCUGCGGCUGCUGCAAGGAAUCGUCAUUUAUGUGAGAGUCUUGCAAACAGCUGUUUUCCCGUUAACCAGGGUCCAAAAGCAAGUCGUCUUCAUGAGUUGUUUUUGCACCAAUUCUGUGAUGCCCAUUCUUGCUCAGGUGGGAAAAAACUUUUUCCUAAAGGAGGCAGGAAACAUACAAAUAGGUUCUACUUGGCAGCUUCAGUAUUAACAUUGAUGCUGCUCCCGAUAUUCUACCUAAUUGUUUAUCUCUAUCAAAGAGAAAUGAGAGGGGGAACACAGGAUCUUAAGCGCAUCACAAAAGUUGGAAAAAAAGCAAAGCCUACAUAGUGGCCAAUCUUUUGGUUGUUGCAACCUGAACAGUCAGUGGAUUAUAUUAACACAGCUCGGAUUUCUUUGACCAUGGUUCAACAUUGAAGGUUCAUCUCGGGCAUCUUGGGAUUAAAUGAUCUUAUGGAGAAGUGGGGCUCAAAUUACCAUGGAUUUUGUUGUAACAUUUCUAUAAACAUCCAAGUAACAAUUUUGCUUGAGAUAUUACAAAUGAGCUUAUGGUGAUCUCUCCAUAGGCUAAUUCUUUUGUGCCUGUGCAUGUUGCACUAGUGAGGACUCACAUGUAUUGUAAUAUUCACAAUUUAUACAUAUACCAUCAUGUCAAAAAUAAGAGUAUGGGCUAGUUUCCUUA